GCAAUUUUAUACAACUUCAGUUAUGUUUGUUCAAAAAUUUCAAGUGAUAAUUAUUUUAAUCAUUUGUUUAUCUCAUAUCCAUGGAUCUAUAAUUCCAAGCGAACAUUUUAAAAAUGACAACUUUUUAAACUUAUGCAAUCAUUGUAAACAAACAAUUACUCAUAUUGUCAAUGAUUUAUCAAAUUUGGAUUUUCAAUUGAAAUUAGAAACAAAACUUGUUAAUGGAUGUAAAUAUACUGGACCACUUCGUGAUUACUGUGCAUCGUUGUUCAGUUCAACAAUGUUUAAAAUCAUCAAUAAAUUUGUAGUAAAUAUAAAACCUGAUAAAGUUUGCAAGCGUGCAUUUUUGUGUUCUACAUAAAUUUCAUCAUGGGCAUAAUGCAUUAUAUCCGAUGUUGCUUUAUAAACUUUUUUGGCUACUUGGAUUAUCUUUCAAUCAAGAAUUUACUACUGAAACAUUUAAAAAGCAGUAUAAAAUUAUGACUAAAUAUGUGAAAUUAUGAAAAAGAAUAUUUAAAUACAUAAAAUUAUUGUUAAUCAUUACGAUGUCGUUGAAAAAUGAGGUAGACAAUGCUCACUAUGAGUUCCACUGUCAUUUACUAUUUUGCAGUAAGAGGUGAUUCAGCAAAAAG